AUGCCAAACACCAAGACCGUUCAUGUUCCUCACCUGGGGGGAAUCGAUGCAGCAUACCAGAUGCCCCAUGUCUAUGACUCGUCCAAGCCGACGUUGGUAUUGGUGAACAGUUUUACCACUUCGUCCGAACUUUACCGGCAACAAUAUGCCAACAAGGAAUUGACGGACAAGAUGAAUCUCGUGGCCAUUGAACUACUUGGCCACGGUCAGACCAGGACAAAGUCCGAGAAUUUUACAUAUUGGGAUACCGCCAUCAUGAAUCUCCAAGUGAUGGAAGCUCUAGGGAUUUCAAAGGCAUUUGUCCUAGGCACGUCUCAGGGUGGCUGGAUCACCGUUCGCAUGGCAUUGUUGGCACCAGACAAGAUCCAAGGAAUCAUUCCACUCGGCACAUCUCUGGACUAUGAAUCCGAGCGAACGCGAAAGCUCGGAUGCUGGGAUGGUGUUGCCGCCUGCACAGGACCAAUUGAUAAAUGGACGAGCAAUGAAUCAACACCGGAUUUUCAACCAGACCAAGACUACUGCGAUUUCCUCAUCGACAUCGGGUUUGGCAAGAAUUGCCCCCAGGCAACCCGAGACACCUGGCGCAAGAUCAUCCCUUCCAACUACCAGGGAGACGAUGGUAGACGCCGAGCUCGCAUGGCCGCAAUCAAUCUCCGUGAACGUGAUGGCUUACACGGUCGCCUUUUCGAUAUCAGAUGCCCUGUUAUGUGGCUUCAUGGUACCGACGAUGUUGUGUACAGUGUUGCUAACGCAGAACAUGAAAUCAAACUGUUCACUAACAGUCCUUCGGCAGACCUUGUAGUCGUUGAGGGAGGCGCGCAUUUCCUCUCCGCUUCGCAUCCAAAGGACGUUGAUGACGCUCUGAUUUCAUUCGUGGGCAGAUAUGCUUAG